AUGGCUACUCUCUUCCAAAUGCGGCCCAAUGGGUCGAUGGUGCUUGAGCAUGGCUCAUGGCCCCUCCCACAGAACAGCACCUUCGAGGAAAUUGCGGCUGAAGUUGCCAAAAUUGUCUCCAAUACUUCUCGGGAUCAGAUUCGAGAUCUCAUUGCCAUAUUUGUUUUUUCGGUGGUUGUCAUCUCUUUUUUCAACAGCACCUUAACUUCAACUCUCCAUCUGCGAGAUUUCUCAGGACCCUGGUGGGCUGCCUACUCCCGCUUCUGGCUCUCCAAAACACUGGCAUCAACCAACUCAGCACAGGUGUUUGUCGACACCAACAAGAAGUAUGGGUCGAUUUCCCGCAUUGGCCCGAAUCACUUGGUCACGGAUGAUCCUGAAUUGACAAGGACAAUCCUCGCAGUCGGCUCGAAGUGGCGUCGCGGCCCAUGGUUCGAUGCUAUUCGCAUUGAUCCUCGAGUUCCGAACAUUGUCUCCGAAAGAGACAUUCGAAAGCACAAUGCGAUGCGACGCCGCAUGUCCGCCGGGUACGCCGGAAAGGACAUUGAGGGUCUUGAGGAUGUCGUGGACGAGCGUAUCACGGAGUUCAUCAACAGUAUCGAUAAGAACUGGCUGUCAGCCCCAGGACAGACCCGACUUUUUGACAUCGCCCGACGUGUGCAGUUCUUCACGAUUGACACUAUCACACAUGUCUGCUUCGGAAAGCCGAUGGGAUUCGUAGAAUCGGACACAGAUAUGCACAACUUUAUUGCGACCAUCGAGCAACAACUGCCCAUUGUACAGCACUUCUCGGUCUUUCUUUAUCUGAAUACUGUUCUCCGAUGGGCGGCUAAGAUCCCAAGCUUGCGGCGGCUGGUGGUGCCCUCAUCGGCGGACAAGAGUGGCAUUGGUGUGGUGAUGGGUUUAUCUCGGAAGGUCAUUGACGACCGCCUCAGCGAAAGUGAGGCGCAGAAGCAUGAUAUGCUCGGGUCCUUCAUGAAGCGAGGCCUGACACCCGACCAAGCUGAGAUGGAGAUCUCGAUUUCUUUGUAUGAUAGUCUUGUCUUCAAAAUAUCAAACGAGUGUGUGAUGCUGACUUUUAUGGACAGGGUUGCUGGCUCUGAUACAACCGCCACAGCUAUCCGAGCUACUCUACUGGCUGUCAUCUCAACGCCUACUGUAUACCAGCGUCUUGUACGAGAAAUUACCACCGCAGAACGCGAGGGGCGUAUCUCUUCCCCUGUUUGCAACGCCGAAGCUCAGGGUCUCCCCUACCUGCAAGCCGUCAUCCGGGAAGGGCUACGACGAUUUCCGCCAAUCACACAGCUACGCGAGCGCGAGGCACCGCCAGAGGGGAUGGAGCUGCCGGAUGGACGUCGCAUACCUGGUGGCACAUUUGUAGGGUUGAACGCUUGGGGUACACAACUGCAUCCAGUCUUCGGCGAUGACCCCCAUGUGUUCCGGCCCGAACGAUGGCUGCAUGAGAGCUACGAUGACGAUGGUGCACAGUUGGCGGCUAUGGCCAAGGUGCAGGAACUUGUAUUUGGUCAUGGAAUGACGCGAUGCUUGGGUAUCCCUAUUGCAAUGAUGAACUUGAACAAGAUGUUCGUUGAGCUCUUCCGCAGAUACGACAUACAAUGCGUCAACAGCCAAAGACCAUGGACCAGUCUGUGUUAUGGUAUCUUUUUCCAAAGGGAUUUCAAUGUCAGAAUAUCAAGAAGAGAGAUGCUGAGCGAUGCUAAAUGA